GCGGGAAGGAGCGCUCUUCCCGGGGAACGGAGCGGACUUGACCGGACAUUUCCAUCGGCGCUGCCUCGCCGUUGCAACACGUGGCUUUAGGACGGGGCGAGCCACCUGCCGCUCGGGGCGCCGUCUCCCCCCCAGGCACUGACAGCCGGAGGGGGAGGAAGGACGAGCAAGCCGGCCAGCAGUCGGAGGCACCUUCGCCCAGCCGGACCUCGCGGCGGCGGCGGCGGCGGCGGCAUUCUCGGCCGGCCGCUCGCUGGCCCUGCCCGCCCCUCAUCUUGGCUUCCAGGCGACCCCCGCGCGGCCGCGGCCUUCUCCCUGCGCCCCCGGGGGAAAUGUAUCAGGGCUUCCCCGGAGACUACGACUCUACCUCCCGGUGCAGCUCGUCCCCCUCGGCCGAGUCCCAGUACCUCUCCUCGGUGGAUUCCUUCGGGAGCCCUACGGCCGCCGCUGCCGCCUCCUCGCAGGAGUGCAGCGGCCUUGGGGAAAUGCCUGGCCCCUUUGUGCCGACAGUGACUGCUAUUUCCACAAGCCAAGAUCUCCAGUGGUUGGUGCAGCCUACCUUGAUUUCAUCCAUGGCUCAGUCUCAGCAGCCUUCGGGACAGCAGCCACCCCCACAGCAGCAGCUGCCCCCCCCACCCGCAGUGGACCCCUAUGACCUACCAGGCCCCAGUUACGCGGCCCCUGGAAUGAGCGCCUAUGCUGCUGGCCCUUCAACAGCCCCCAUGGCUGCAGCCACCCCACCACGUUCUACCAGGGCCCGGCCCCGAAGGACACGAGAAGAAACGCUGACCCCUGAGGAGGAAGAAAAGCGCCGAGUCCGCAGGGAGAGGAACAAGCUGGCAGCUGCAAAGUGCCGGAACCGCCGCCGAGAACUGACGGACCGGCUUCAGGCGGAGACGGACCAGCUGGAAGAAGAGAAAGCCGAGCUGGAGUCAGAGAUAGCCGAACUGCAGAAGGAGAGAGAGCGCCUGGAAUUUGUCCUCGUGGCUCACAAGCCCAGCUGCAAGAUUCCCUACCAGGAAAUGUCAGAACUGAGUGGGCAGCCCAGCACCUCGGCAGAGGUGAGCGCCCUGGCCAUGCCGGUCAAGGAGGACCCCUUUGGACCCACAGCUGCCUACUCGUCGGUGCCCCUGCACUACCAGCAGGCCCUGGGCGGACUCCCAGCUCCAGCCCCAGCCCCAGCCCCAGCGGAGGUAGCGUUUUCUAGUUCUUACUUUACACAUGGUGACCAGCUGACCGACCCGUACCCGGUUAACCCUUCAUAUACGUCUUCGUUUGUGUUCACCUACCCAGAGGGAGCCAGCUGCGGAGCCAGCCACCAGCGGAACGGCAGCAGCGAUCACUCCUCGGACUCUCUGAACUCCCCCUCGCUUCUUGCAUUGUGAAACUCAAACCCACAACUUAGGCCCUCUGGCCUGGCCUUUAAGCCCACCCCGCCAAUGCCAGGGCAGGCGAAGGGGGCCGGAGCUCCAG